AUGGCCACAGCUGUCGCUCGACGUAACUCCCCACGUAUCGGACGACCUAGCUCACGCACUGCGUCGCCUAUGGAUAAUAAGAAGGCUGCGCUGAAAUCAGAAGAAAACUCACGCAAGAACUCACCACUUCAAACGAAGUCAUCGUUGCCAGCAACGACUCAAACAGCAUCACAGCCAGCAUCUCAAGCAGAAGAGUCGAAGACUGCCGUUCAAGCCUCCGAGCCGCUUGCGCCGCCACCUCGACCUGCACAGGCAAACAACAGUGAGAGCACCGACUAUUUCUCCGGCCUCCACAACGGAGGUUCUCAAUUCUCGCUGGAACCCAAUCCAUUUGAACAAUCCUUCGGGGCACCGUCAACAGAAACACCAGGCAAGAUUCUGUUGCCAUCUGUUGCUGCACUAACGUCACCUGCCAUACCGGGGACGAGCUCAACUGGCGGCUAUAACUGGGGAUCCCAUUCACUUCGGUCCGGGCCAUUGAGCCCUGCUAUGCUGGCAGGCCCAGCAGGUUCAGGGGACUAUUUUGAUAGUAUUGGGCGAGGAUUUCCCACCCCUAACGAAUCGAGUUUGCGCACAGGCCUGACGCCGGGAGGCGGCGGGUCUAUGUUCCCUGCGCCCAGUCCCAACUCACAAGCUCUCUUUCAAGCAUUACAGAACGGUGGUGCCACACCAGGCACAGUAGAUUUCCAUCGAACAGCUAUCAAUGCUGCUGCAAGGAGUAAGAACAAUCAAUUUGGUCAGACCUCAAACUCCCAAGAGCAAAAUCAACAGAACACAAAGAUGGACAAAUCACAGCAAGAACAGUUUGCUUCUCACGAUGCUGAAGCCGCAAAUGGCCUGUUUAUGCUUGCGAAGGGUGGCCAAACAAAUAAUCAAUACGCUAUGGCCAACCAGCAAAUGCAGCAGCAACAGCAGCCUAUGCAAAGUAACCAGAAUGUGAAUGCCCAAGAUAGUCAUCGGCGGAACACAGCCUCCAUGGGUAGCCUUUCUGGACCUGAUAUGAGUGGACAGCAGUCCGAUAGUCACGAAGAAGUGUCGAAGCCGACCACACGGGGUGGCAGAGGGAAGAAGACAGCAAAGGCACAAGCGGCAGCAGCAGGUACUCGGAGAAAGGCCGAUGACAUGUCACAGAAAUCCUCGAACAAAAGAUCUAAGGGCAACUCCAGCUCUAUAAACGUAGACCCAAGUCUAAGUCUAGAGCCUCCUGAUGAGGAUGAGGACGACAGUAAUGAAGAAGAGCCAACCCAUGACGCUAACGGGAAAAAGAUGACUGAUGAGGAGAAGCGAAAGAAUUUCUUGGAGCGGAACAGAGUUGCUGCGCUCAAGUGUCGUCAAAGGAAGAAGCAAUGGCUUGCAAAUUUGCAAGCCAAGGUUGAAUUGUUUUCGACCGAAAAUGAUGCUCUUUCGAGUCAGGUAACUCAAUUGAGGGAAGAAAUCGUUAGUCUUAAAGGACUGCUCCUGGCCCACAAAGAUUGUCCUAUGGGACAAGCUCAAGGUCUGCCUGGUAUGAUCAUGAAUGGACUCGGCAACGAUGUUCCUGGCGCCUUCACUAACCAUCACGCCAAUCCUUAUGGGAUGGCGAUGCAAAAUGGAGGUGGCUUGCAAGCUGCUAUGCAGAGAUCAUAG